GGCGAACAUUAGUAAUGUCUGUCACGUUCGAUAUACAAAAAAAGGGUCGCAUCGAAUGGAUGCAGUUGCUAUGAGUAAUGGUCAUGGGAUUAAUAAAUUGAAAAAUCAUGUGAUUACAUUAAGAUAUGAAUUAAUGUUUCGGAAGAUCCAGCAACCUUUGAUAGAUGAUUUCUCUAAAGAUUUCUUAACUGCUUCUGAACACAUAUUUUUCGUUCCCU